AAGGGUACUUAUAUACACAAUCCGGGUCAGCUGCAGCUGGUUACUACUGCAUUUCUGCAUGAAGCAGACACAGGAACGCCACAAUAUUUUCUCUGCUGGAAAAAAAGACAUUUCACACAUGGAAAUUUGUGCUGUGCUAUCUAAAAUUAUAUAGGUUGGUUUUCUAAUUCAAUUGGUCUACGUAAAGCUAGGGGGAGAAGCUCCUUAAUGAAUCUUGGAUCUAACAGUUCAAAUAAAAAACUGCAGUUUCUACUUGAUUCACUGAUGAACAAAUGCCUACAUGGACAAUUCAUGAUUUAAAGCAAGAUAUAAAGGCAGCAAAUUUGUCUCUGGAUUCACUCUACUCAGCAAACUAUAAGUUUUUCAAAAGACAUCACUACACAACCUCAUUUCAAAAUGAAGGCUUUUAUCUGGACUCUAGGUGUGCUAUUCUUCGUAUUAAUGCCCAUUGGACAAUGCAGAGGAGGACAGACCAGAACCAAAAAAAUAACCCAACGGAGGUACCCUCGUGCGGCAGAUGGUAGAGAGGAAGGAAAGAAAUGUGGUUAUACAUUCCUGGUACCUGAACAAAAAAUAACAGGGCCAAUUUGUGUCAACACCAAAGGGCAAGAUGCAGGCAACAUAAAAGACAUGAUCACAAGGAUGGACAUAGAGAACCUGAAGGAUGUACUCUCCAAGCAGAAACGGGAGAUAGAUAUCUUGCAAUUGGUGGUAGACGUAGAUGGCAAUAUUGUGAAUGAGGUAAAGCUCCUGAGAAAAGAAAGCCGUAACAUGAACUCCCGAGUCACUCAACUUUAUAUGCAACUCUUGCACGAGAUUAUUCGUAAGAGGGAUAAUUCACUUGAGCUUUCCCAACUGGAAAACAAAAUCCUCAAUAUCACAACAGAAAUGUUGAAGAUGGCAACAAGAUACAGGGAGCUAGAGGUGAAAUAUGCUUCUCUGACUGAUCUUGUAAAUAACCAAUCGGUGAUGAUCGCUUUGUUGGAGGAGCAGUGUCUGCGGAUAUUUUCCAGACAGGACACCCACGUAUCUCCUCCUCUUGUUCAGGUGGUGCCACAGCAUAUUCCAAACAGCCAACAGUACACUCCUGGUUUGUUGGGAGGUAAUGAGAUACAGAGAGACCCAAGUUAUCCUAGAGAUCUAAGGCCACCACCUGAUCCUGCAACUUCUCCCACCAAAAGUCCUUUCAAGAUACCUCCAGUAACAUUCAUCAAUGAAGGACCUUUCAAAGACUGUCAGCAAGCCAAAGAAGCUGGUCAUUCUGUUAGUGGUAUUUAUAUGAUCAAACCUGAAAACAGCAAUGGGCCGAUGCAGCUAUGGUGUGAGAAUAGUCUGGAUCCUGGGGGCUGGACUGUUAUUCAAAAAAGGACAGAUGGGUCAGUCAACUUCUUCAGAAACUGGGAAAAUUAUAAGAAAGGAUUUGGAAACAUUGGUGGCGAAUACUGGCUGGGCCUGGAAAAUAUCUAUCUCCUCACUAAUCAAGAUAAUUAUAGGCUGUUAAUUGAAUUAGAAGAUUGGAGUGAUAAGAAAGUCUAUGCAGAAUAUAGUAGCUUUCGCUUGGAGCCUGAAAACGAAUUCUACAGAUUACGUCUGGGAACUUAUCAGGGAAAUGCAGGGGAUUCCAUGAUGUGGCACAACGGGAAGCAGUUCACUACACUGGACAGGGACAAAGAUAUGUACACAGGAAACUGUGCUCACUUUCACAAAGGAGGCUGGUGGUACAACGCUUGUGCACAUUCUAACCUGAAUGGAGUAUGGUAUAGAGGUGGACAUUACCGAAGCAAGCACCAAGAUGGGAUUUUUUGGGCCGAGUAUCGAGGAGGUUCAUAUUCUUUGAGAGCAGUUCAAAUGAUGAUCAGACCAAUUGAAUGAAGAGGAAAUUUUCCAUUUGAUGAACACAAAAUUGUACUGCUCUACUUCCCAAAAUUUUAAAUGUUAAGUGUACAUUUUCAUUUUGCACAAUUUAUCCCUGUAAAUGCAGGACUACAAUUUUUUCUAACUAUUUUUACUGUGAUAUAAAAAAAAUACAGCUUUUUAAUGAAUUAACAGGGCUUAAAAUAGGUGUGUGUGUAUGUAUGUGUGUAUGUAUUGCAAGCUGUUACUUCUCAAGUCUGUUACUUAAGAGUUCUUCAAAGUACAAAAAUUGUUUUCUAAAAUGUAAAUAUUUGCUAUAUCUUAAAACAAAUUGUUUUAUUUUAAAGCAAAAUUGAAUACAUGUUCAACUAUUUAACAGCUUAUUUAAAAUCUUCAUAAGAUUAUUAACUUCCAAUGGGAAAAAUUGUUAAUUUUUCUGUGAACUAAUGAGUUUGACUCCUAAAAGUAUAGACAAGAAAUUGGAGAGAAACUCUAGUUUUGCCAAUAGAAAUAUAUUUUCCACCAAAUAAAGUACAAAGGUUAUUUCAAA